GGAUCAUAUAUUAGUGAACAAAAUUAAAGAUACCUAUAACCAGAGAUUGAGUAUAUAAGUUUGAUAUGAGAGAGGAGCUGGGAUGGUCCAAAACUAUAUGGCUAAAAGUUUAUUCCCAACAAUUUGUAUGCACUUUUCCUUUUUAUUUAUUUGUGUACCCAUCAUAUAUUAUCAGCUUUAAACUGGUAUUGAGCUUGUGAAUUCAGAGCCAUGUCAUAUUGUUAUUUUUAUUUGGUUUGGGAAUUUCAGUCUCCUAACAUGUCUCAUUUCACAGGGGCAACAACAUGAGUCAACAUUGGUAUGUCCAAUCUGCAACAAGGCUUCCGUAACAUUUGAUCCCUUCAUGUACCUAUCUUCAAAAAUGCUAUCAACAUGUAUAUAAUAUAUCAGAAAUACAACUACUCUAUCUACCACAAUGUCUUUAGUGAAACUAGAACAGAGCCGUGGGGGAUAAACAAUGCAACCGGUCCCCACAGUAUUUUCAUAUGUAAGGGUCAACUAUUUUUCUUAUAUAUGCAUAUUUAUAUAUAGAAAAAAUUAAAUAUUCACUAAAUUUGGUUGGAAAAGAUACCAAAAAUAUUUUACAUAUACAUAAUUUGUUUUCAUCACAAAUUUUAUAAACAAACUGAAUGAUAAUAAUUUUAAAUAUAUCAAAAUUUUAGAUAAACAUAAAUCAUGUUAAGAUCUUAAAAUCUUUUUUUUUUAUCUAGGGGUCCAAAUACAAGUUGAGCCAGUCCUAAAUAGAAGUCAUACAUUUUUGCAAACUAUGUCUAAAGGCUGCAGACAAAAUCAAGAUAAAAAACAAAGUAAGAAAUUCAGAUGUAGAGAAACAGAAUCGGACCAACAGCCAUUUGGAGAACUAAAGCUGCUUGUAACUGACCUUGAUAUAUGCGGUGUAGUGUUCACUGCCCAUACCACCGUAAUGGUUGGUCAAAGCAUAUAGCUCGCAGAGUUGUGGCCCAGAGAGAUUUUUGUUUGGCUACAUACCUUGUCAAAUCUAAGUCCUGCAUUGGGAAGUUCACGAGUGUUUCCAACUUGUGUGUUCAUGGAUCUGAUGAGAAUCUCUUUAGAUGUAUAUCACCAACAAUUCAGGAAGCCUCAUUGCAUUGUGGACAGAACCUUCACACACAAAACAACACUGUGUAUUGAACUAGACUAGCCACGAAACAUAUUAACCUUAACUAAAAGGAAAAGCCAAUACACUGACAAUCAUACUUCAAAGAGCACUUGAAGCUACAAACAAACCUCUUCAAGUUUCAGCUCUUCACUUUGCUUCAAGGAACAAGCACUUGAUAAUGCAUGCAUCAAGCCUCUGGCGCUGCAACGUCCCUGCUUGUCCCUUCGUUUUUUUUUUCCAUCUAAAAUCUUGUGGUUCUUGUUUUUAAAAAUGGCCCUACAAUUAAAUUUAGAGAAUUUAUUUUGAAUAUACAGUAAGACCGCAGUCUUUCUGCGGCCCCUACUCAAUUUUUAUUAAUUUAAUUGGUUAAUAAUUGUUAGUGUUUGGUACUUUUGACCUGUAUUAUAAUUAAAAAUAAUUAAACAUAUACCAAACAAACUACCCAAAAGAAUAUAAAAAUAAUAAAAAAAGGUAAGAGAACACAUGUCAGCGAGGAUUCGAACUCAGGUCUCAUUAGAGAGAGAAUCUUCAGAGAAAACGCGAAGACGACGAAGAAAGCUACAGAGAGCAGAGACUAGACGAAGACGAAGAAGAAGAAGACUGUGAUUCUCAUUCUUCUUCAAUGGAAGGUUCGUUACUUUCUUCUUCAUACCCCUUCUCAGAUUCCAUUUCGAAAACCCUAGAUUCGAUCAAUCCCUAAAUCUGAUCUCGAUUGAAUCGACACCUUAGUGAUAAGACUCAAGAGAGAAUCGAAUUCAAUUCAAUUUGAAGCUAUGUAAAGACAUUGCCAUGUUCUGUAAUGAUUCGAUUUAAAGUUUCCUCUUUUCUUACAGCCAAAUCAUCUCCAGACCUAGAAUCAAUCGGGUCUGGUACAACUACGAAGCGAUCAUCGGGAAGCAGAUCUCGUACACGACGAGACUUCCUCACCAGGUUCACUGACAGUGAGCGUUUCACUGAGAAUCUCCAAGACUGGUUCGGUUCAGUAUCAGAGAACCAUGAUAAUAAACCGGUCUUUGAACCUCCUUUCGAGCUCGUUGAGCUGCAGAAGUUCGACUACGCAUUGGAAGGAGUCUCUUUCCAGCAGCUGACUCGAAUGCCAAACGCUGUCUACGCAUCAACAUCCACCUCAGUUGAAGCCAAUGCUUAUCUAGCGGUAGAGGAUUUUUUGCACGCAGCGGUUAAGAGCCUCUGGGAGGCGUUUUGGAGUCAGGAGGAGGAGGAGCCUGUUCCUUUCUCCGUUGGGUGUUUGUUUAGUGAGAAUCUUAAGUUUUAUCAGGCGGAGAAGGCUUUAGCUCUUGGGAGGCUUGAUGGUCUUUCUGCAACGGGUGUGUUGCUGAAGAAUCCGCGGCAUCCUCAUGGGAAGUGGGAUCAUGUUCUUGAACUCGCUCUGCUAAGGCCUGAAGUUGGAAGUCGUCAGCCUUCGUUGCCUGUCUUGGGAGAGGCUCUUUUCUAUGCUCUCCGUGUGCUUAUCUCAAGAAGUGUGAGCCGGUUGGAUUUUUCUCAAAGCUCAAACUGUGUGUUCGUUCUUUUGGUUGAUUUGCAAUAUGGGGGAGUUGUGAAAGUGGAAGGGGAUGUGAGUAAGCUUGAUUAUGAUGUUAAUAAUGUUUAUGACUGCGCUGCGGAGUGGGUAAAGAACCAUUCGAAGAUCUCUGUGUCUCCCAUUGAUAGGAUAUGGAACAAGCUUGGGAAUGCUAACUGGAGAGACAUUGGUGCUUUGCAAGUGGUUUUCGCCACUUACCAUAGUAUAGUGCAGUAUUUUGGGCCGCCUAGGCACUCUAUUGAAGACUUAGCUGCUGACCAUAGCUCUCGUGUCCACUCUAGACGACAGGAGAGGCAGUUAGGGGAUAGUGGUCUUAACGAGAACGGUAUGUUUAGGCUCCAGCAGAGAACCAUGUCUCCUGAAAUCGUCGAAGUUCAUGAAGAAGAAGAGUCAAGUAAAGUUGAGCCUGAACCGUUGAUGAAACUUGAAGUUGGAUCGGUUCUGUGGUUGGAGGAUUCAAACUAUCAAAAAGGGUAUCAGAUUAACCAAGUGUUGACGAACGGUACACUUCCUUAUCAUAUCGCGUCACCAGUGGAUGAAGCAGGGAAGUCUGUGUUUCUCUACGUUGGUUCUCCUCCUUCACAGCUAGAGCCAGCUUUGGAGGACAUGAACUUGUGGUAUCAGGUGCAAAGACAAACUAAAAUGCUAAGUAUUAUGAGACAGAGAGGACUUUCUAGCAAGUACUUGCCGCAGCUCCACGGUUCUGGUCGGAUCAUUCACCCAGGACAAUGUCAAAAACCAAGCUCAGGUGGACGGUGUGAUCAUCCUUGGUGUGGAACUCCCAUUCUUGUGACCACUCCCGUUGGCGAGACAGUAUCUGAUAUGGUAAACGAGGGGAGGUUUGGUCCAGAAGAAGCUAUUAGAUGUUGCCAUGAUUGUUUAUCUGCACUCUCUUCCUCAUCAUCAGCUGGAAUCCGCCACGGUGACAUCCGUCCAGAGAACGUAGUCUAUGUCACAUCAGGUGUGAGACAACCUUACUUUGUACUAAUAGGUUGGGGUCACGCUGUGCUUGAGGAUAGAGAUAGACCUGCAAUGAAUCUUCACUUCUCCUCGACAUACGCACUCCAGGAAGGGAAGCUUUGCGCUGCAUCAGACGCAGAGAGCUUGAUAUACAUGCUUUAUUUCUGUUUUGGAGACUUGCCUGAAUUGGAUUCAGUUGAAGGAGCUCUUCAGUGGAGAGAGACCUCUUGGUCCAAAAGAUUGAUUCAGCAGAAGCUAGGUGAUGUCUCAACCAUUUUGAAAGCGUUUUCUGACUACGUUGACAGUCUAUGUGGGACACCGUAUCCUUUGGAUUACGGGAUAUGGUUGAGAAGAUUGAAGAGGAAUCUUUCAGAAGAUCACGGAAAAGAAAUUGAAACUUCAGGCUAAUGGGGAUGUAUAAACAUUCGAUUCCUUUUGAACAUUCUUUCAGGUGCUCUCUGCUUUAACCUGUCCGAGACUGGAAAGCUUCAGAAUGAGACGUAUCCUUUGGUUUUGCCAAGUUUGAGUAGAUUGGACCUUGUUCUGUUCUUGUACAUGAUCUCCUAAAUGGAUUAGAUUCUGUGUUUACCUUCUCUGUCAAUGUUCGGUUCCUUUUCGUCAUUAUUAUUAUUAUCUCCAAGAGUGGUUCUCUA